AUGGAGUUGGAGGUUCCAUGGUUCAUACACGCUGCAGCAUUGCUUGUAGCACUAGCAAUCAUAUUGAUCUCCCAAAUUAUAACCUACCGCCGGCGAUUAAACCAACCACCUGGUCCAAAACCAUGGCCAAUCAUCGGUAACCUUAAUCUCAUCGGUUCACUCCCUCACCACUCCAUCCAUAAAUUAGCCCAAAAAUACGGACCCAUAAUGCAACUCCGGUUUGGUUCGUACCCAAUAGUGGUGGGUUCAUCCGUUGAGAUGGCAAAGCUUUUCCUAAAAACCCAUGACCUCAAUUUCGCUUCCAGACCCAAAACGGCCGCCGGAAAAUACACAACUUACAACUAUUCCGACAUCACUUGGUCUCCUUACGGACCUUACUGGCGACAAGCUCGUAAGAUGUGUUUGAUGGAACUCUUUAGCGCCAAGCGUCUCGAGUCUUACGAGUAUAUCCGAGUGGAAGAGAUGCGAGCUCUCCUGAAGGGACUUUACGAGUCAUUUGGUCGAACAGUUAACCUGAAAGAUCACCUUUCGAAUGUGAGCUUGAACGUGAUAAGUCGAAUGGUGUUAGGGAAGAAAUACUUGGAUGACGAGGAGGAAGAGGAGGAGUCGACGAGAGGGAUGAGGAAGAUUGUGACGGCGGAGGAGUUCAAGAAGAUGCUUGACGAGUUGUUUUUGUUGAAUGGAGUGAUGAAUCUUGGGGAUUGGAUACCUUGGAUUGAUUUCUUGGACCUGCAAGGGUUUGUGAAGAGGAUGAAGGUGUUGAGUAAGAAGUUUGAUUGGUUUUUGGAACAUGUGAUCGAUGAGCAUGACGAGAGGAGGAAGAGAGAACGUGUGGAAAAUUUUGUCCCUAAAGAUAUGGUUGAUGUGCUCUUGGUGCUUGCAGAUGAUCCUAAUCUCGAAGUUAAGCUCGAUCGGACUAGCGUCAAGGCCUUCACUCAGGACCUAAUAGCAGGAGGCACUGAGAGCUCAGCAGUGACUGUAGAAUGGGCGAUCGCUGAGCUCUUGAAAAAGCCAGAGAUCUUCAAAAAGGCUUCAGAAGAGCUGGAUAGGGUGAUUGGGAGAGAAAGAUGGGUCGAAGAGAAAGACAUCCCACACCUCCCAUACAUUGAAGCCAUUGUGAAGGAGACCAUGAGGGUGCACCCAGUGGCACCAAUGCUAACUCCUCGUCUAGCUAGAGAAGAUUGUGAAGUUGCCGGCUAUAAUAUCCGGGCGGGUACCCGAGUAUUUAUCAACACAUGGACCAUAGGAAGAGACCCUUCAUUGUGGGAAGCACCAGAUGAAUUCAAACCAGAGAGGUUCAUAGGGAAGGACAUUGAUGUAAAGGGUCAAGAUUUUGAGCUAUUGCCAUUCGGGUCGGGUAGAAGGAUUUGCCCAGGCUAUAGCCUUGGGCUGAAGGUGAUUCAGUCAAGUUUGGCUAAUCUAUUACAAGGGUUCGAGUGGAAAUUGCCGGGACAAAUGAAGCCCGAGGACUUGAGCAUGGAAGAGAUUUUUGGGCUCUCAACACCAAGAAAGUACCCACUUGUUGCCGUGGUGGAGCCCCGACUUCCAGCUCAAGUCUAUUAUCAUUGAGUAUGUUUUUUCUUGUUUGGUAUGAUCGUCUAUCGCUUUCCUAAAUUCCUA